AUGCGCCAUCCCACAGUCAUGUGGUUUCAUCUCCCUUUUGGUCUUCAUGCAGACGUCGCAUUGGACAUUGUUUCAUUGCUGGGAAUGGUUCUGUCUUUGGCAGCAUCCGUCGGCUUUGGGAACCAAGUGGUUGUUUUCGGAAUGUGGUUGUCCUACCUCAGCAUCGUGCAUGUAGGGCAGACAUUCCUAUCAUUUCAGUGGGACAUUUUAAUCAGUGAGGUUGGAUGGGUGUCCGUUUGGCUUUCCCGGCCACCGGGACAGUUGCCUGCAGCAGAGCCGCCCACAUCUGCUGUCCUUCUUCUUCGCUGGAUCCUUUUCAAACUCAUGUUCAUGUCUGGUGUGGUGAAGAUCCAGGCACUAUGUCCAACGUGGCUUGCGCUGACGGCUUGCCACUAUCAUUUUGCCACGCAGUGCAUUCCAACCCCUAUUGCGUGGUAUUUCCAUCAGCUCCCAGACAUUGUGCUGAAGUUGAUGGUGUCCAUCUCCUACAUCGUUGAGAUUCCAGCAACAUUCCUGAUCUUGGUGCCCCUGCGCCCAAUUAGGCUGUUUGCUGCAGCCUUGCAGAUUUUGUUCCAGGUGGCGAUCAUCUUAACUGGGAACUACACGUUCUUCAACAUUUUGACAAUUGCUUUGUGUCUCUCCCUUUUUGACGAUACGGUUUGGAGAGGCACAACACGGCCGAACGCCAGGCGCGUCGGUGCAAAAUCUGCCCCAACACCAGGCACGCAUAGCGAUGUCCUCAUGGAUGGACAACCGAAAUCGAGAAAAUCGGCUGUCAGGCGUCAGAAGAAAAUUUCUGAUCGUCCACGUUUGAUCUCAAAGCCCGAUGCUGCCGCUGGACAAGCACUACCAGAAAACUGCAGUGUCGAGGAGGACAAGGGCGCCUGCACGGUGCCCUUGCACCAGAGAUUGCGGCACUGGUCCGAGCAGCACCCCUGCUGGACAAUAUGGGCUCUUGGAAUCUUGCCCCUGGCGUUUGCAGCAACUGCCAUGUUUACCAUAAGCACCGCUCCUGUGUUUGAUGUGCGUCUGAGAGUGACUCCACAGGGACUGCAGAAAAUGGUGGUGGCUGUUCUUCCGUGGGCAAUCGGAUACUGGGGCGUUGUCCUCGCUGUUGCAUCCAUCAUGGACAUUAUUGGCAGCUCAAGAAAUGACACGCCUGCAAGACAGAGUGCAAAGGCAGCGCGUUCUCUGUGGUCAUCUGUUAUUUGCCUUGCCGUUCUGGGUACCUACGUGGCGAAUAUUCCCUCCAUUUUGGUGCUCGACCAUGGCGGCAUGGGCCAGCGUUUGGAAAGUCAGGCGCCCCUGCUGAAAAGCGUGGCUGCCUCUGCAUCCCGGUGGUCACUUGCGUCCAGCUAUGGACUGUUCAGACGCAUGACGGGUGUAGGAGACAGUGGUGAAGGCAGAAGAGUCGCAAGACCUGAGGUAGAAUUUUUUGGAAGCUACGAUGGAUCGACAUGGAUUCCGUACUCCUUCAGCUACAAACCUGGUGACGUGGGCAGGUCCCCGCCGUGGGUCGCCCCUCACCAGCCGCGAUUGGAUUGGCAGAUGUGGUUUGCUGCACUGGGGGGUGCUCACCUGUCGCCCUGGAGCGUCCACCUGGCGAAGAAACUGUUAGAAGGCUCCCCUGCCGUGAUGGACCUCCUUGGGAGCGAUCUCAAUCAAGCCUUCAGAGAAUCUCUGCCUCAAUACGUCAAGGCAGACUUGUAUGUGUAUGAAUUUACAAGGCCAUCGUGGGGUCGCGAGAGAAAGGGUCUUGAUGGCUUAGAAUUAGCUGCUUCCGAUCACAACAAAAGUUCAGAUUGGUGGGUUCGUCAACGAGCAGAGGUGUAUUUGCAUCCAGUGCAAAAAGGCCAGCUGGAGUCUUUUCUGGAGCAUUUUGGCUGGUCAACAAGCCAACAGCAGGAGCUGGAAAGCCGAUUUCCAAGGCCUGCCCACAGCUUGGCCUUGGCAUCGAGAAUCACAGAUAUCCUUGUGUCCUUGGCGCACUCUUCGCGGGUGCACACGAUGUGGACCGUUUCGUUUCUCAUUUGCUGCUCCAUUGGAUGCAACGUCUGGUCGUUGCUAAGAGGGUUUGUGAAGCAUAGGCAGGGCCAUGUCCAGACACGCAGGGGUGCAGGUAGAGAGAAGGUGAAAAUUGCAUGA